AUGAGCCAUGGCAGCCAUCAAAAAGGUGCCAGCACAUCUACAUUUGUGCAGGGUACGAUCUCAUCUGUCUCGGUAGAUCUUCCACCCAUGUCCGUCGUGCCCAAUGCCGAUCUGGAUGGCUGCAGCACCGAAGAGCACCUUUCCCGGUCGGAGGACAUUGCAAACGACCUAUUGAUCCUCUCCUACUACAAGAACUUCCACGUAUGCCAUCCGUUUGUCCCACCACGAUAUCAUCUUGUGGAACUAUGUCAAGAACCUCGCAAAGCGCAUGCUCUUGCACCGUUGAUUGCCGCUAUGCGUUUCAUGGGACAUAUCUACAGUGCGCGAGAAUGGUCGGUCCCGCUCAAGGACACGAUCGAAACCGCCCUUUCCCACUUAUCGCCGUCUGAUCCGAUUCAGGUUCAGUGUCGAAUCUUGUACUCCGUAGCCUUGUUCUGGUAUGACUACAAAGUGGAUGCGCUGUCGCAAUUGGACCAGGCAGCUCAGAUCGCCAUUGCUUUGCAGAUGUUCAAGGGAGAAUUCGCAGCGUCCCAGGAACCCGUCGAUCUGGUCUUGAGGGAAUCUUGGAGACGGACCUGGUGGACACUGUACAUUGUAGACGCCUACUACGCGGGCACCUUGGGGACGAUGAAUUUCAGGGUCAUGGACCUUGAUGCGACCGUUGAAUUGCCCUGCGACGAGUCAGAUUAUGAGUUGGGGAUCAUUCCCCAACCUAGAACCCUUGAAGAAUUCAAUCAGCGCGAGUUUAUUUCCGAUAAUGUCCACUUCUCCUCUUUCGCACACCUCAUUGGUGCCGUGCAGUGCGCCGCGUCCGCCAUAUCUAUAACCCCCAAAGUGGCAACCGUGGAAGACUCCAUGCAUCUGAUCCAAGCGGUCGAUUGCGGCUUGGAUGGAUGGCGACUACUAUUACCGCCAGAGCAGAAAAAAGUCAUCAAGGCGAAUGGUGACAUUGAUGAGCUCUUGUUUCAAGCACAUCUGCUUAUCCAUGUAUCCACCGUUGGCCUCCAUCGUCCAUUGUCGGCCCUCGAUUUCAAUGCUAUCGAGAAUGUAUCGAGCUGUGCCCGGAAGCCUCCCCGGGACACCCCCACGCCGGAUCUAGUAAACGUCCAUACCCUCCGGGUCUUGCGGGCGGUCGAGGCACAGGUCCGUCUUCUGGCUUUACCCGCCCCAAGAUUCCACCACACCCCUUUUACCACGUGUAUGGUCAGCGAGGGGAUACUGGCCCUGCUCUCCGCUUGCCGUAUUUUUCUCAAGGGGAAAGAUCUCGCCAUUGCAAGAGAUCAGAUCCGGAUGGCGCUCGGCUCUCUCAAGGUGCUUGGGGAAGUCUGGCCGAGGACAGUGAGAAAUGUGGGCGAGAUCCAGACAAUUGCUCGGUGUGUCCUGGGACUGGGACAAGGUCCCAAUGAUCAGGCUAUGCUUGGACCCAGUGACCCGUUGGCCUUUGGUGCGCACGGGGUGGAUCCAAAUCUAGCCACCGACAGUUUAUCGGAACGCGACAAAAGCCCGGCUGCUUCCGUCCUCUCUAUUGAUGAUCUAUGUGGCUGGUACAACACUGGAGCUGCAAAUGAUUUCCCAUGGGGACUAGGUGCGGGCUUAUAA